UAGGCCAUUUAAAGGCCAACGACAUUCGCCACCUAAUGGGCGACGGAGUAGUCGAGCCCAACCGGUGUCGUGCUGCGGUAUCGAGUGUGAAUCGAAGUGCCCAACGACUGAUGACGACUUCGAGUCCCGCUCCGCGAGCAGUAGCGGCACAUACACCACAGCAUGGCAGCAUCAAUGUGUGGACGAUGCCGCCCCAAUAUACCUCACCUCUUGGGACUGGUGUGAAAGGUGUGCCAUAACCUGCUUCUUCUUGGCAAAUACCUUUAGCCGGUCGUCGUCGUUGUCGUCAUCAUCAUCGUUGAUCGCGGUUGUCGUUGUCUUCAUGGUCGUCGUGAACGUCGUCUUCGGUCGCAUCGGGGACGAAGAUCUUGUUUUUCCCUUACCUUCACCCCCGGCGCGCUUUUGUGGAGUCUCGGUUUCUGUGACUUUCUUCCAAACGAUUUUUGAGCCCACUUUUUUCGGGCUCGAUGGCCGGUGACUCGCGCCUUGUGGCUUUCGGUAAUUGAUAUGUGCAUAUCUUGGGGGGCCGUUCUUCAGUAACGUUUGGCCGGGGUAGCAGCGAAGAUGCGUUCGCGUGGUUUGUCCUGGGUCAGCAAGACACUGCUGGGAGUGGUGGCCAUCGUUGGGCUCCUAGCUGGGUCUGGACCUGCCGAUGGACAGCUGGUUGGCGCAGGUCCACGAGCACGACCACUAGUGAACCGUAUCCGUGAGCGGCGGCUCGAGAGGAUCCGAUUGCGUCAGGAGCGGUUUGCGGCGACAACGACGACGACGACGCAGGAGUACGCGUUCGAUGACUAUGGACCAGGGCCGCGCACCGAUGACUACGGCAUGGAUGUGGAAGACGAGGUUAUUGCGGAACGGGGACCUACAUCGGAACCGUUGCUUAUCGCCACCAAACCCAACCGGCGCCGUUCGCAGUUCGAGGAAAGGAUCCUGUUACGGUUCUACCACGGAGGCAAUCUUACCAAGACGACGACACUGAACGAUGACGAGCGGCUACUGAACGAUACCAACUGCACGGCAGACGAACGCUUCGCCCUCAUCGUGCACGGUUGGCGCGAGAACUGCUAUGAGGUUCCGUGGGUAAAGGAACUCCGGAAUAAUCUGCAAAAGUUCCGCGGUGGUUGUAUCGCCUGCAUGGACUACUCGGCGUACUCGAGCGGUGGCUACGGUGGUUUGGUCGCCCGGUUCCGAGACAUCCGGGACAUUCUGCUGCGAACGGUGCAGCAGUUACGGUACGAGGGUGUCGAGUAUGGGCGUAUGUUCCUGUUUGGGUUCAGCUUCGGUGCGCAGCUAGUGCUGGACGUUGGUAAUCGCGUCGGAUCGAACGAACUCGAGGCGAUCGAUACGUGCGAUAUGGCUGGACCGGGCUUCGACAGUGACCGUAUGUUCAAGCAGACUGACUUCCGGGCGGCCGCUAAGAACGUGCAGUGCAUCCACACCAGCAUCGACAAGGGUACCAAGUUCCCGAACAAGUGUCACCAGAAUUGGCGCAUGGGACAGUGCGGGCUAAGGCAGGCGGCAGCCGGUCCACCACCCCUCGGUUCCCAUGGCCUCUGCCCGGUGUUCUAUAACCUAGCCUUUGAGCAACAGUUCCUCGCGCAACCGAAGGCCCCCGAGUGUCUGGCGCUAGGUGAGGUCGCUACCUAUCCGCGCAACUAUCGGAUGGGCUAUAUGGAGACUCGGAAGAGCGAGGUGAGAGGUGAACUGUUUGCCGCUACCUCGGACGUCUACCCCUACGCGGUCUACACCAAUCCGUACAACUUUUUCGAGUACUUCUAAUGCUCUUCAAAAGCAGGGGACCACCGAAUAGGCACCGGUACGUAAAAGCCCAGUCCCAGUCCAAGAACCAGACCCAGUCAGCACCAUUUAUGGGACGCGGUGGCGAACCGAGUGGCGAUGGUGCGUGGGACGUCUUCUCGCCAUCAUCGCGGCGUCGUCAUCUCGAAACCGAAGAGCGGAUCCGGAGCGAGGGAAGGUCGAGCAUGACUGCAUCCCACUACACCACCAGGUGUAGCAGAGGUGGCUGCUGUUUUAUAGCUAGUUCUCUUUAAGCGCAUACAAGCACAGAACAUAAGAAAUACAUGUACAAGAGUAC